CCUUGCAGGUGAAGGGGAGAGGGAGAAAAAAGGCCGCGGACAAAAGCUUGCAGAUAAAUUUGCCGAUGAGGAAAACGCGGGGCUUUAGAAGAGCCCCAACGGGGCCACUUUCUCCUCAGGGAAAGCCCGCGCACGGCCGGCGCUGAGGGAGGGGGAAAAAAAAGGCAGCUUUCAGACACAAUGGCCGCGGUUUUCAUGAGGGAAAAGGAAGAUGGCGUUGCUCCUUGACGGAGGUGGGGUGUGUGGGGAAAAGACAAGGGCGGCCUUGUUCGCUUCCUCUUUGGAAGGGGCCUUUGCGUGGCGGCCUCCUCAGGGGGGCACAUAAAGAGUCGCCUCAGGCCGUUCUCUCCCCCCGAGAGAAGGUAAACAAAUAAUAAAUAAAAUCUAAAUAAAUAAAAAAAAAUCUAAAAGGCUUCUCAGGGUAACUUUUCGUGCUUUUAUGAGUGACAUCGUGCGUUGCGCUCCGGCCUUUUCCCCGGAGCGCUUUUUUUCCCCCUCACGCAAACCGACACCAGCGGAUGGGAGGAGGAGGAGGGACUCGGUGAGGAAGGCGAAUGAUGAGCGCCAACCGCCUUCCUUGGCUUCCCUGGGGGAAAAAGCUCUCCGCGGGCCGCUUUCCCGACGCGGGGAAGACAGUAGAAGGAGGGAAUAAUAGAGAGAGACGGGAAGGAAAGGCGAACGGACGGCAGGCCGCAGACUAUAGCGCCGGGCCCUCCGUCCCAUCCACGCGCGGCGCAGAUCCCUCCGCCGCCCCUCCCUCCAUUGCUGAGCUCGGCAACAAUCCCGCAGUUACCCGGAUGGAAAGUGUCAUGGCCGCCAAUCAGUGACUUCGUCGGAGUACGGAGACGGGGCGAGGCUGGCGAAAGGAACAAGAUGUAGAGGCAGUCUUAACUGGUGUCUAAUUAGAAGUGUAUCUCCUGGUGUAGGAUUGUACUUCAUUGCAGAAUGAUGUUGUCUUAUUCUCGCUCACCUAAGGAACAAAGAAAGGUGUGGAGAGAGAAAAAUGAGCAAAGACUUUAUAGCAAGGCAUCUGCUUUUGUCCAGUAAUCAGAGCAAGUGAGAGAAAGGAGCAAAGAGAUGGAGAAAGGGGGGAUGUGCAGGUGACAAAAGCACAGGAAAAUUGAAGAGACAAAACAAAAAUCCCUGAAAACUUUGCCACCUGGUGAGUUUUGCAUUAUGGUGGAGAUUAUUGUUGACCCUCUGUCAAAAGGAAUCAUGCUGUUCUGAUGGGAAGGAAAAUGUUUUUAAAAAAUCAACUGCGCUGGUGGAUGAAUGUACCUGGAUUCCUGAUCGUUGAGGAUUGUUAGGGAUGAAAGAAGCAAAAGCUAUUUGAUGAACAGUGAGGAAUUUUCACUAGAAGUUUUAAUUGAUCUAGGAAAUCAAAUUUGAAAUACAUUAUUCAAGCCUUCCUGAGUUACCUUUUUUUGUCUUCACCGUGUAAACUUACAAUGGUAGAUGGCUUGAGAGUGAAUAGACAGACUUUUGUUUCAGUGAUUUAUAUGUAUGUUCCUGUAAAACCACUGGGUUUACAGAGUAGUAUAAAUGUAAUAAAUAAAUAGCAUGUGUUUUCUGGGUAGAAGGAUCUUCAAUUUAUAUUGGAGCUUUUCAGCAUUGCCCUUAAUUGUUUGUUAAAAAGAACAAGUCAAAAAAAUCUUGAAAAGCCUGUAUUACUGUCUUGUUUUGUUUGAAUUAGUUUUUUUUACCCAAACACCAUAAUUAUUUGUUGCUCAGAAAUAUGUAAUGGCUACUAGCAUCAUUCUAAAAGCAAGCAGGAUGAAUUUAAUGGCUACAUCAUUACAGGGCAGAAUGAUGUAUACCAGUGCAUCUUGAAAGACACCAUUGAAUAAAUAGACCAACUGAAGUUAUGCUUAUGGUUGAUUUAAUGCUUUUAUAGCAAAAUAGAGUGAUUAUUAUUUCUGGUGCCAUUGGGCCAUUUUAUUAAAUAACAGGUUCUGGAUGUUCUGUCUUGAUAAUUUAUAAGAUGUAAGUUUCAUAGAUUACUUGUAUUACACCGUAACUCUGUCAUUUCAAGCUAGUGUUAUAGGCUUAAUCUAAUACAUAGGCUUUUGUUUAAAAUAAUAAUAAAAACAUCCAAAAUAGCAUUAUUAUAAGUAAACUCAUAGGGAGAUAUAGAUGGCACAAAUAAUAUUUUGCUAUGUUUCAAAAUUGUAAACAUUUUCUCCUUGCUGAAUUUUGAACAGUUUCAAGAUACAGGGCAUUUCACACUAAUAAUAACAUUGUUGCCAUUAUCCACUUGAGCACUUCUUUUUCAUCAAUUAUAUGCAUAUAACAUUGAAGCCUUGGGUUUUUCUUGCAAAAUCAAAUAUUUUCUUUCUAUUAGCAUUUAGAUUCUACUUUGUAUAAGGAUGCCAAGAUUGUUCUAAUUUCGAAAAUUGUUCAAAAGUUUUGAUUCUUGCAGGGUGAUCCAGUCUUUGCAGUUAAUUCGUUGGCUCAGAUAAUAUUUUUUGUUGUUCAUUCUGACACAUUUUGUUGUGCACACUAUCUAAUCUAAACGCACCAUUUAAGAUAUUCUGAUUUUAAAUUAAAUGUUAAUUUCACUAAAAGUUUUGACUUUUUAAGGAAGCAAUAUUACAGACUAAAAGGCUAAUUAAUGUAACUAUUACAUUCAGCACUAAAAAGGCUAGUUAGCGCAACUAUUUUCAGCAUUCUUGUAUCUUUUGUUUUUAAACUAUGGAGAACGACAACUUUUAUAGUAAAAUGACAUCAGAAUUUGUUCCAAUUGAGGAGAAAAUCUGAAAUAUUAAUGACUCAAAUUCUAAUUUUGGUACUUUUGUGUUUUAAAAAUAAUAUUUUCUUUAUUUUAGGAUGUUGUGUACAUUGAAUGCAACGUCUUUUGAAUCUUGAUUUUCAAAUUCACCUCUUGAGCAAGCUAUUGGAAAUGGCAUCAUAGUUUUUCUUAAAAAAUAUGCCAAGUUAAGAAAAUUGUGGAACUCUGGGGAUAAUUCAGCUCAGAGUCUUUUAAAAGACGGAAGAUUGCAAUAGUAUUACAAAAAAUGCCAUCUGAGCAAGCAAUUUUUUGCAUUCAGAAGACCAACUUAUUACAAGAUAAUGAGUCAGAGAGACUGUGCAUUUCUACAUCUGAUAUUACUAUUGAAAAGUCUACGUUUGAACCUACAAUUUCAGAUAUUGUCGCCUAUGGCCUAAAAAAGGUGAAAAUAGAAUUGCCCAGGGUAAACAUACCAAAUGAAAUAUUUUUUAAACAUGAAAUUGACAAAUAUAUGAAAUUAUUUCAGUGUAAAGAAAAAGCAUCUUUCAUUCAAAUGGGUGUGAAUGGGAACAGUGUAAAUUAUUCUGAGAUUUAACCACAUAGCAAAUCAGGAUUACAUUAUGAGGAAGGCUUGAAAACAGCAAAAAUACUGAAUUUCAGUUGUACAAAAUGCCAAAACAACAUCAGAUAUAGCCCAAAUGAUCUACAGAAACAUUUUCAGUUGUUACACCAGGGAGAAUUGCCAUCGUACCCCUGUGAAAUGUGCAAUUUUUCAGCUAAUGACUUUCAUUCGUUCAACCAACAUCGCCGAACGCAUCGUAGCACCUUAGUAAAAUGUGAAAUCUGUAAUGAUGAUCACCGCUAUACUCUCUUGGACUUAACAAAACAUUUCACAUCUCAACAUUGUGUGAAUGGUAAUUUUCACUGUGAAAGAUGUAGAUUUUCAACCCAGGAUGUAGGCACCUUUGUUCAACAUAUACACAGGCAUAAUGAAAUGCAGUUUAAUUGCGAGAAAUGCCAUCAUGUAAGUUUUUCAGAAGAAGAGUUUCAAAAGCAUGCCGUUUCACACACUGGCACGUUUCCUUUCAGUUGUCAGUAUUGCAACUACAUGGCAUCGCGGAAAAACUAUCUCUUAAAACACAUUAUUACCUUACACAAAGACCAUCUCUAUGCAAAAGAUAAAACGAAUACAGAUGAUAACGAAAAAAGGGUCAAGAAUUCAACAGGAUUAAAACUCAUCUUGAAAAGGUACAAAACUGGGGCGUCAAGUAAAGAAUUGUGGAGACAAAAGAUUGCCGCCGAUGGCUGUGGGGCUGAAGAAGAGGAUGAAUACGUUUUCAAAGUCUUGAGAAGCCUGCCUAAACCUGAAGAAGUGGGUCAGUCUGUAAAAGAACUGCAUGACAUUCUUUUAAACGAAAAGCUUGUUUAUAGUGGAGCAAAAUCAUCACCAGCAAUUCAGUACAACAGAGCAGAAAGUGGACUAGGUUCCACAAGGGGAUUGAUGAAAACAGUUCAUGGUCCUACAGUGUUGAUGGUUAAAAAUAAUAAAAUAGCUGUCCCCGCAAACUACAGCGCUAAAUUUUUGGGAUUCAAAACGGUGGAUGGGAAACAGCAUAUAGUAAUAAAAUUGCUACCUACAGAAAAACAGAAUUUGCCAGGAGGAAAUAAGUUUGACGGGAUUAAAGAUGGUGCAGUUGAAUGCCAGGAAGAGGCAGCUGACAACUGUAAUUUACCUUCGGUUGCUAGAUCACACGAAACUAAUAACCAAAUGCCUAGGAAUAAUUCUGUCCACUUGUCAACAUCAUCUUCAUGCAACCAGUUUUCAGGAAAAAUAAAACAAGAAGGUAAGAAUGCGCUAUGCUGCAGUGCAUCGCAGAACAUUGCACCGCCUAUUGUAGUGGUAGGAAAGUGUGCGACCCACUUGCCGGUGAAAUCCGAAGCAUCUUCAAUUCCUUGUGAUUUGGUGGUCAGGACUAGAAGUCCAGUUUCGUGGAAAAAUUGUGUACCUCAGGACCCAGAUUCCCAGGUUUCGUCCCCUCCUGGUUCACAUGCUUCAUUACGACCCCAUGAAAAACCUUUUCCUCCAGAAUUCAGAAUAGUGAAUGGGGAAGUAAACAACAACAAUACACACCAUAAUCCCUAUUGUUCACCGCCAGAUUUUUCCAAUCAGGCACCGUUGCCUUUCCAUAAUUAUUCUAAAACAGACGUUUUGGAAAAAUCGAAAGAAUUCGCUCCCAACAAAAUUCAUCCUCUGCAGAGCAAGUCUACGAACGAAUCUAUGCCUUGUUUUUCACAAUCUAACAGAAUUAAAUUUGGACAAAAAUCACUGCGGCCUCUUUAUGGCUUUGUAAAUGGCAAUGAUGCUCAAGUAUUCUCAGACAGCCCACCCACUCACAGUAUUGACAAGCAGUGUUGGUUAAGAAAUCAUGAGGGACAAUUGUAUUUGAAUACUAAGGUAAACAUGUUGGAACAUGUAGCUGAAAAACCCAAGCAAGAAAAUGAUUCUAAUUGUGUAAGUUCAUCACUUAUGCCCAAAAUAACGUCGGUUUUUUCCCUUCAAAGUAGCAAGCAGGCGUCUACCUAUUUGUCACCCGAAAUAAACCAGUCGUUACAAGAUGUCUUAAAAAGACCAACCAUCGCUCAGUCGAAUAACUAUGUUAAAACUAAUUAUGACAGAUCUUUUUCAAACAAAUAUACAAAUUGUAGGACAUUUACACACACUGAUUCAUCAUCUUGUUGCAAUUUAACUGAUUCUCCUGAUAAAUUUAAGAGAGAACUGAAUGUGAACAACACUGCAACAAAUGAAAGUGUAUACCUGAACGGAGGACAUAUUCCUUUGCCUUUUAGAACGGAAGCAAUAGAUUCAGUCGGGAAAACCUGCGUUGGUGCACUGCUUAUGACUGAGACAGAUUCAAUCAUAACGCAACAGUUGGCAAAAGACAAGGUGCGCUACAAUAUCCACGGCCCUAGUAAAAUUUGUCCAUUUUUUCCUGAACAGAAGAAAACAGUACUACAGUCGACUCCACCAAGGUUUUUUGUACCUUUGCAGCUAGCUCACAAGCAAGGAUUACAAGUUAUUUCAGGAAGGCCUUCUCCAAAAGUGGGUCCAUCAGAUGCUCAGGCAACUCGAGCUGCGUCUUUGCUUUUAAAUAAAGGGCCUGGGAUGAUUUUGACAUUUGGCAGGGGGUCCCUUGGAACAGUCACAAUGUCACUGAAAAAUUCUCAGGUUUUAGAGAAGAUUGCAUCUAUGAAGGCAGUCUCCUCAGACAAGGACCUGCUCAAUGAUUCUAGAAGCCUAGAAAUUCUAGUAUUAACUUGCAGUGAUGAUUCGCCCAUUGCCAUUCCACAAGAUCAGCACAGCGUUACAAAUCCAGAGAGCAGACUUUCUUCCAUGAAAAUACUUGCUGGAUUUCAAGGCGGUAAGGCUGCUUGUGCAAAGUCAGUAAAACAGCCAGAGGUUGGGCAGGAACAACCUGUGUAUGCACUUUUGCCCAACGGCAGACAAGCAGUUUUCCUUAAGUGUAUGUCAUCGAACAAAUCUCUUGUACAAAACCAAAUAUUUUUCAAGUCCACUUACAGUCACAGUUCUGAACCAAAGAAACACGGAGCAAUGCAACAAAAGCUUUUUUUGAAAAUUAAGACUUUUCCUGCAGAUAAAUGCCAACCAGUUAGCAGCAUUUUAUCAUCUCUGCAGUUGAACAAUAUGAAGUGUUGCAAUAGCCCAGCACUAAAUCAGAAAAAUACAGCUCACUCCUCUAGCAAUGCCUUAUCCUUAUCAGGUAGAUUGAUGCCAGCAAAUGCUUGUUCAGCAAAUGAGAUCAAAGAUUCUUGCUCCUCUGUAGAACUUGUACAUUCCUCUAGAGGUGGAGAGAUGUGGUCACAAAAGAUCCCGCCUGAUUUAGCUCAAAAGGAAGCUGCUAACAAGGGUAGCAGUUUCGAAAAUCGAAGAGCAACAGAGAAUAUGUCAACACACAUGUCAAAGGUUAAGCGUCAUUCAAAGCAAAACGAUGCUAAAGUUUCUAGCACGGUUUCACAGAAGAAUAAGAAUUUGAAACGGAAAGCUAAUGAUGACUUUCAGGGACCUCCUAGAAAAACAUUGCAUCGAAAGUGCAAAGAAAAAAAUCAAGUUGACGUGAAUGAAUUUGAAUCCUUGUUUCAAACCCCUCAUAGACCAAGAGCAUCGAAAGAUACUAUCAGGAUUUUAAAUUUACUUCCUUUUCAUUCUAAGCAACUUGUCAAAUGCCGGAGAAACCAGCCUGUCGUCGUCCUCAACCACCCUGAUGCUGAUGUUCCUGAAGUUGUAAACGUUAUGAAAACUAUUGCAAAGUUUAAAGGACACGUUCUAAAGGUCUCUCUAUCGAAGAGAACUAGAUGCCUUCUGGAGCCAGCAUGUUAUAGCAACCGCGUGUACUUAAUCACCAAUGAACUGACUCGAAGGAAACACAAAAUGCUAAAACCUGUAAGCCCUGUAAAAGAAAGAUUUGUUUUAAAAUUGACACUGAAGAAGACUAGCAAAAACAAUUAUCAGAUUGUGAAAACUACCUCUGAUAAUACGCUGAAAACUAAAUUUAGUUGCUGGUUUUGUGGGAGGAUAUUUGACAAUCAGGAUAAUUGGGUAGGGCACGGACAACGGCAUCUCAUGGAAGCCACUCGAGACUGGAAUUCGUUAGAAUAACUUAUUAAAAAUACAAAAUCAUGUUCCUCUGACUGCAAAUUAUUUUGGCUGAUAGCAUCCAGGAACGCAUUAAAAUUAUGUGUUUUUUUUAAAAUCAAGUUUCAUGUUAGCACCUAAAAUCUGUGUACAUUUUAAUUAAAUAGUUGCUAUUGCAGUUUAAUUUGUGUUUGUUACUACUACUAUCAUGGCAUAUAUUUGUAAUUGGAGAAUGAAUUUCAGGGCUUUUCUCUCUUGUAUAUAUUUAAACAUGAAAGUGUACAUAUUUUUGUACUUUGGUUAUUUGCUACAAAACCUUGCACAGGAAUUGUAUUUUCCAGCUCUUGUGCAUGCACUACUAAAAGGGGUUUCGGCUAUCCACAGCUAUUGCCGUAUUUUUUUUCCUUGAUCUUUUAAAAGAUUUUUCUUUUUCCAGGGAUUGAUCACUGUUGUUAGCAAGUGCCUAAAAGAUGUGAAGCAGUUUACUUUUCUGCCAACUGUAUAACCAAUAGGUCCGUACAGGGCCAGGUCUCCUAACAGUUUCUUUUAAAACAAAGCCAUAUGUGAAUGCUUUAAGCUAUAUUGCUAUGCACAUGACACUUGUACUUUUUCUGUGCAGUUUCUCUACUUUUCUUAGUGAAGUAUUUUUUCAUACAAAUCAAUAAACUGUGUUUAUGCCUGAUGAAGAUAACUGUUGAAAAAGAAAAUGUAUUCCCUCUUUGUAUACAGUACUGCUGAAUUCCAAGUGAACAAAUUUGUCAUCCCUACAACAUUGGUAUUAAAUUUUUAUUAAGAAUCU